CACAGAACCAGGAAGUUCAUUUCAGAGAAAACGAAACUCAGCAGAAAGUUCAGAGUCUUUCUCUCUCUCAAUACAGGAAAACGGCAGAGGCUGGUAUUUCAGUCGAUCAUUUUUCUGUGGAUCAGUUCAGCUGUCCAGUGUGUCUGGAUCUCCUGAAGGAUCCUGUAGCUAUUCCCUGUGGACACAGUUUCUGUAAGGUGUGUAUUAAUGGCUGCUGGGAUCAGGAGGCUGUGAAAGGCGUCUACAGCUGCCUCUAGUGCAGAGAGACUUUGACUCCAAGGCCUGUUCUAUGCAGGAACAACAUGCUGGCUGAAGUGGUGGAGAAACUUGAAGCCUGUGCAGAGCUCCAAGAGAAGAUCUGCUCUGAACAUGACAAACUGAUUGAGAUCUUCUGUCGUACUGAUCAAAGCUUCAUCUGUUAUUUGUGUACGACGGAUGAACAUAAAGGUCAUGAUACAGUUUCAACUAAAACAGAAAGAAAUGAAAAACAGAAUGAGUUAAAGGAGGAGCAGAUGAAAUCCCAGCAGAGGAUCCAGGAGAAGCAGAAGGAGGUGCAGGAGCUGAAACAGACUGUGGACACUAUUAAGAAGCGGUAUCAGUCAGCAGUAGACGACAGUGGGAGGAUCUUUACUGAGAUGAUCAGCUCCAUGGAGAAAAAGCGCUCGGAGAUGACGGAGCUGAUCAGAGCUUGGGAGAAAGCUGAACUGAAUCAAGCUGAACGACUCCUGAAGCAACUGGAGCAGGAGAUUGCUGAUCUUCAGAGGAGAGUCACUGAGCUGGAGCAGCUUUCACACACACACGAUCACAUCCACUACCUCCAGAGUUUCCCGUCUCUCUGUGUUUCUCCUGGAUGUGACGACUCACCCAGCUUCACUGUCAAUCAACAUCUCUCAUUUGAUGGAGUGAGGAAAUCUCUCUCAGAUCUGAAAAAACGAGUCGAGGAAAUGUGUGAGGAGGAAUUCAGCGUAAUCCAUCCACAAGCUGCAACAGUUCACAUGAUUUUACCCUCAAAACCAAAGAGCAGAGAAGAUUUCCUGCAGUAUUUCUGUUAUCUGACUCUGGAUCCAAACACAGUAAAUUCUGACCUAAUUCUGUCUGAGAAGAACAGAGCAGUGACACGCAGUAAGACAAAACAGAGAUACUCUGAUCAUCUAGAGAGAUUUGACUCCUCGCCUCAGGUGUUGUGUAAGGAGAGUGUGUGUAAGGAGAGUGUGCGUGAACGCUGUUACUGGGAGGUGGAGCGGAGAGGUGAUGUGGAAAUAUCAGUCUCAUAUAAAGAGAUCAGCAGGAAAGGAGCGGGUAAUGAGUGUGGGUUUGGAUUCAACAGUCAGUCCUGGAGUCUGGAGUGUUCUUCUUCCUCUGUCUCUUUCUGGCACAACGACAUUAAGACUGAUCUCCAAGGUCCAUCAUCCUCCAGAAUAGGAGUGUAUGUGGAUCACAGUGCAGGAACUCUGUCCUUCUACAGCGUCUCUGACCCGAUGAGGCUCCUCCACAGAUUCCACACCACAUUCACUCAGCCUCUAUACGCUGGGGUCUGGAUGUGGGGUUUUGUCUCAUCUGUGAGGUUUUGUGAUCCGAUGAAAAAAUGA